GACUCGUCUGACUUUUGCAUUUCCUCCCACCCAGGGAAACCCCUCCACUGUGGAGGCGAAUGGGACGUCGGAGGAGCCAGGGAGCAUGCGCCGCCGGUCCGAGCAUGCUCAGUAGCGCGCGCGGUGCCCCGGAGCUUCUCCAGCGAACUGCGGCCGACGCGGACGUUGGUGCGGCUGCUGCGGGAGCGACAGGAAGUAAAGCGGCCCCGUCGGGCGACCGCGGCGGCAGAAACGCGGGCGGAAGGGGCGCUGCGGCUGCGACGUCGUCAACUGAGGCAGCCGAAAGAGCUGCGUGCCGAGGGGACUCGCCGGCUCGGAAGCCGGAUCCUGAACCGGGCAGGAUGGAUCAUCACCAGCCGGGGACUGGCCGCUACCAGGUGCUGUACAAUGAAGAGGAUAAUUCAGAAUCAUCUGUAGAGCAACCAUCAACUUCAAACCCAACACCACAGAUCAUGCAGACUGUGCCUUCAGCACUAGUACUUGAAACCGACUCUUCCCCUCCACCUUAUAGUAGCAUUACUGUGGAAGUACCUACAACUUCAGAUACAGAAGCUUACAAUGAGUUUUACCCUGUGCCACCUCCAUACAGUGUUGCUACCUCCCUUCCUACAUACGAUGAAGCUGAGAAGGCAAAAGCUGCUGCAAUGGCAGCUGCAGCAGCAGAGACAUCCCAGAGAAUUCAGGAGGAAGAAUGUCCGACAAGAGAUGACUUCAAUGACGCAGACCAGCUCAGAGUAGGAAAUGAUGGGAUUUUCAUGCUGGCAUUUUUCAUGGCUUUUAUUUUCAACUGGCUUGGAUUUUGUUUAUCCUUCUGUAUCACCAAUACCAUAGCUGGAAGAUAUGGCGCUAUCUGUGGAUUUGGCCUUUCGUUGAUCAAAUGGAUCCUUAUUGUCAGAUUUUCUGAUUAUUUUACUGGAUACUUCAAUGGUCAGUAUUGGCUCUGGUGGAUAUUUCUUGUUCUUGGCCUGCUUCUUUUCUUCAGAGGAUUUGUUAAUUAUCUUAAAGUCAGAAAUAUGUCUGAAAGUAUGGUAGCUGCUCAUAGAACAAGAUACUUCUUCUUAUUAUAGAGACUGCAUCGACCAGACAUUCCUUCCUAACACCAAUGUGAAAAUUUCAGAUCAUCUGUAAAUCUAUAACUUUAAUAGCUUUAAUAGAAGACAAACUCAUGAAGAUAGAGCUUCAAAAUCAAAUGGCAAGGGUGGCUUAUGCUUAAAAGCCAUUUCUGUUCAUUCUCAUAAGUGUUUAUAUUUCACUUGUUUUGCAUACUUGCAUAUGUGCCCCGUUAAAAGACUUACAUAUACUUGAAAGAAACCAUGAAGUUAUAGUAGUAAGAUCCAGUCACAUUUGGGUAAUCAGUGUUAGAUACAACUGAAAGAGUUGAGAGGUAGACAGUCUUCCAGCUUGUAAGUGCCAUUGAGUUCUCACCCAACAUUUACUAUAAUAAAAAUGAUAUUAUUAACCAUGCCAAAUGCUUUAGUUUCUGGCUCUUAGUUUCACCGAGUAACGACAGAUGAAACAUCCUAUGUUACAUAGUUUUUUUGAAACCUGCAGCGCUGAUUAUUAGAAAGGCCUUGUCAGAUUUUUUGAAUAUGAUAUUUACAUCAUUAUUAAGCAAAACUCAUUGUGUAAAUAACCAUGCAUAAAUCACUUUAUGCAUUCUUUUCUUAGAAAUUGUAUCUGUAUAUCUUUUCAUUAAUUUUAAAUUAAGCUACUUAAUAUGUAGAGAACAUUUGGGUGUUUAAGAUAGGGUUCUUUUUCAGGACAAAUAGCAAGAAACUGUGAGAAUAUUCCACAUGCUAUUUGUAAGAAAACUUUUCCUCCCUUCUCCUCCAUGCCUGUUCUAGGGGUUCCCAUAUGAAAACCUGGGUUUUUAGCAUUGCUCAUUUUAGAGAUUCUUGCAGAAAGAGAUUGUAUUAGCUACUGUAUUUAUUUCACUUAAAAAACAUUUUUGGAAAUUAAUUUUCUGGACAAGAUACUCAUUCACAUUUUAAAAAGCCAAUAAAAGUAUCUUUCAACAUUGUAAUUAUUUUUCUUUUAGCUGUUUAAUUUGUUAAACUUUGCAAAUAAAAACUUGUACUUCUAGUA